CUUUCCUCCUCCCACACCCCCAACCCGCUUCAACUCUCGCGAGAGUCCUGCUAGCUAUAAAACGAGCGCCCCGCGCUUGCUUCGCGCGUCCUCUUCCUUGCUGGUUGUGGUUUCUAGAGUGUUGGAAACUUUCGUGUCUGAACUGCUGAUAGCAGGAUGUCUUCAGGAAAUGCCAAAAUUGGGCACCCUGCCCCCAACUUCAAAGCUACAGCUGUGAUGCCAGAUGGCCAGUUCAAAGAUAUUAGUCUGUCUGACUACAAAGGAAAAUACAUUGUGUUCUUCUUUUACCCUCUUGACUUCACCUUUGUGUGCCCUACGGAGAUCAUUGCUUUUAGUGACAGGGCAGAAGAAUUUAAAAAACUUAACUGCCAAGUGAUUGGUGCUUCUGUGGAUUCUCACUUCUGUCAUCUGGCAUGGAUCAAUACACCCAAGAAACAAGGAGGACUGGGACCCAUGAAUAUUCCCUUGAUAUCAGAUCCCAAGCGCACCAUUGCUCAGGAUUAUGGAGUCUUAAAGGCUGAUGAAGGCAUUUCCUUCAGGGGCCUCUUUAUCAUUGAUGAUAAGGGUAUCCUUCGCCAGAUCACUGUGAAUGACCUUCCUGUUGGCCGCUCUGUGGAUGAGACUCUGAGACUAGUUCAGGCCUUCCAGUUCACUGACAAACAUGGGGAAGUGUGCCCUGCUGGCUGGAAGCCUGGCAGUGAUACCAUCAAGCCUGAUGUCCAAAGAAGCAAAGAAUAUUUCUCCAAGCAGAAGUGAUUGCUGGGCCAUCUUAGUGCCAGGCUGCAGUGGGCACCCAUGAGAACAAAAUCUCUUUUGUAUUUUUUUCAUGCUUAAGACAUAUAACUUUCCUUUAGGGUUGAGGAGACCAGCCUUUCUUCUGUUGGUGGGAAUGGCCUGAGCUAUACUGUGGGGUUGGUCAUCUGAUGUAUAUUAUGGAUCAGUAGUGGGGCAUCAGCCCAUUGAUCUUUUGUAGUUUCUAUUAAACUUGAACUGAGA